AUGUUUAGAAAUAUAAUUUCAAAAAGAACAUUAUCUAAUUCAAUAAAGAAAUUCCAACAACCAACUUUAUUAAAUAGUCAAAGAAAUGUACCAAUUUUAAAAUCUUCAAUGUUUGGUACUAUUAUAAAAUAUACUUUAGGAGCAUCAGCUGCAGGAGCUUUAAGUUUAGCAGCUUUUGUUGCUUAUAAAGUUAUUGAAGAAAGUAGACCAGCAAAACAAGAAAAACAAACUCCAUUUUUUCCAAAUGGUGAAAAAAAAAAAACUUUAGUUAUAUUGGGAUCUGGUUGGGGUUCAAUUCCUUUAUUAAAAGGUUUAGAUACUACUUUAUAUAAUGUUGUUAUUGUAUCUCCAAGAAAUUAUUUUUUAUUUACUCCAUUAUUACCAAGUGUUCCAACUGGUACAGUUGAAUUAAGAUCAAUUAUUGAACCUGUUAGAUCAAUUACAAGAAGAUGUCCUGGUGAAGUUGUUUAUUUAGAAGCUGAAGCAACUGGAAUUGAUCCAAAAAAAAAUCAAUUAACUUUAAAACAAAGUACAACUGUUCAUUCUGGUCAUUCUGGUCAAGAUACUUCAUCAUCAAAAUCAACUGUUUCUGAAUAUACUGGAGUUGAAGAAAUUACUACAACUUUAAAUUAUGAUUAUUUAGUUGUUGGUGUAGGUGCUCAACCUUCAACAUUUGGUAUUCCAGGUGUUGCAGAAAAUUCAUCUUUUUUAAAAGAAAUUAGUGAUGCUUCUGCAAUAAGAAGAAGAUUAAUGGAUGUUAUUGAAGCUGCAAAUAUUUUACCAAAAGAUGAUCCAGAAAGAAAAAGAUUAUUACAAAUUGUAGUUUGUGGUGGUGGACCAACUGGGGUUGAAGCUGCUGGUGAAAUUCAAGAUUAUAUUGAUCAAGAUUUAAAAAAAUGGAUACCUGAAGUUAGUGAUGAAUUAAAAGUUACAUUAAUUGAAGCUUUACCAAAUGUUUUAAAUUCUUUUAAUACUAAAUUAAUUGAUUAUACAAAAGAAGUUUUUAAAGAUACUAAUAUCAAUUUAAGAACUAAUACAAUGAUUAAAAAAGUUGAUGAUAAAGAAGUUAUUGCAUCUGAAAAAUUACCAGAUGGUUCUACAAAAACUGUUAAAAUUCCUUAUGGUGUAUUAAUUUGGGCAACUGGUAAUGCAGCAAGAUCUUUUACUCGUGAUUUAAUGUCUAAAAUAGAUGAACAAAAAAAUGCCAAGAGGGGUUUAUUAAUUGAUGAAUAUUUAAAAGUUGAUGGUACUGAUAAUAUUUAUGCCCUUGGUGAUUGUACUUUUACAAAAUAUCCACCAACAGCACAAGUUGCAUUUCAAGAAGGUGAAUAUUUAGCUAAAUUAUUUGCAAAAAUUCAUGAAAUUGAAUCGACAAAAUAUUCAAUUGCAAAUCCAACCCCAAAACAAAAUUUAGAAACUUUAGGCAAAAAAUUAACAAGAUUAGAAAAAAAUUUACCAAAAUUCCAAUAUAAUUAUCAAGGUUCAUUAGCUUAUAUUGGUUCUGAAAAAGCAGUUGCUGAUUUAGUUUGGGGUGAUUGGUCAAAUAUUACAAGUGGUGGUAAUUUCACAUUCUUAUUAUGGAGAUCUGCUUAUAUUUAUAUGUGUCUUUCUGUUAAAAAUCAAGUAUUGGUUUGUUUAGAUUGGUUAAAAGUUGCAUUAUUUGGUAGAGAUUGUUCAAAAGAAUAG